AUGGGCGCAGGAUGUAUUCUAGGCGGCGAGGCGGGGGAGGCUCUGGCGCGGCUCGGUGCCACGCGAGGGGGCGAGAGGGCGGGCCUGACGUCACGUCCAGAAGUGUGUGUGGGCGGGGGGGUGGUUUGGGGCCCGGCUGGGAUUAGGGAGGCGCAGAUCUGCGGGUUCAGCCAGACGGAGAAGACGAGGAGGAGGAGGAGGAGGAAGGAAGGAAGGAAGGAAGGAAAGAAGGAGAGUCAGCAAAAAAGGUCUGAGGAGAGGAGGAGGAGGAUUUCGCCUCCGUCCUCGCUCUCCGUGGGCUCAGAACUCACCACAUGA